UAACCGCAUUUCAUCAUUCUCAUCAAUUCUAGUUUAAUUUGUUAAUAUUGAGAAACCUCUCUGCCAACCUUUUGUUUAGUACUAACUUUUUUCUUUCCCCCCUCACAUUUUUAUACCCUACCAUCUCACUCAUUGUUCAUCAAAACAUAGCAAGUCAUCAAUCAAAUCUUCCCAAUUUUCAAUUGUGGUAAAAGUCUGUUUAAUUCAUUGCUCAAACAUGAAUCAAUUGGCGGACUUCGGACGCAUAUUCCAAAUGUUUGAUCAUGACGACGACGGGAAGAUCUCAAAGGAGGAGCUUUUAGAGUCCGUAACAAAACUAGGGUUAGGCGUCAUGAAGCAUGAUUUGAUUCAAAUGAUCGCGAGACUCGAUGCGAAUGGCGACGGAUACGUAGAUUUUGACGAGUUUGAGAGGUUGUACAAGAACGUAAUGGGUGACGACGACGUCUGCGGCGGCGGCGGCGACGAGGAAGAGGACAUGAAGGAGGCUUUCAAAUUGUUCGAUCAAAAUGGCGACGGGUUUGUAAGUGGUGAGGAAUUGAGUUCGGUUUUGUGUUCAUUGGGCUUAAGGCAAGGAAAGAAGACCUUAGAGGAUUGCAAGAACAUGAUCAAGAAAGUGGAUUUGGAUGGCGAUGGCAUGCUUGAUUUCAAAGAGUUUAAGCAAAUGAUUAAGCUUGUCAACUAAUUAAUGUGUGUUUAUCUUUUAUUGCAUAGAUGAUUAUUAGCUUUUGCACAUAAUGAUAUUUAUAUCAUCAAGAAGAAAAUUGGAUAUGUAUCUAUCUUCCAAUCUUCUGUCUAUAAAUUUAG